AUGGAGAAGCUGCCAUUUGAAAUCUCAAUCAAGCUGUUCAGCCUACUCUCCACACAGGAUCUCUGUGAGGCAAUCCGUGUGGAUCAGCACUGGCAUGUCAUUGCGUCUUCUGUUCUGUACAAAUACCCAGCACUGCACACACGUCGUCAAUUGUUUUCAUUUGCGCAGAUCACUGACAGAGUGCAAUCGCAUGUGCAUUGUCUUGACUUGACGCAGGUAUAUGAGCAUGCCACCGAUAAAAUAUUUCUUCGUUUGCAGCACUUGGCGCAUCUAAAGCACAUCAAUCUAUCCAAAUGCAUUCAUCUGACGCCCGCAGCCAUUUUUCCACUGAUACAACUCAACGCCUUCCAACUACACACGUUGAUACUCGCUAACUGCACCAUCUCAAAUGACAUACUGCACUGGAUAGGCAAAGCAACCCGCCAUCACCUCCAAUUUCUCGAUUUGAGCAAUACCAUGAUUAAACCCUGUGUCUCUAUUGACACUGCCAAUCAUCUGGACAGCAUGUUUGACACUACCACUAUCAUCAAGGCCAACCUCCGUCAUUUAGACCUCUCCUACUGCACAUGGGUGAACGGCCAAACUGUGGAAAAUAUAGCCCAAUGUCUGCCCAACUUGGAGCACAUCACACUGCAGUGGUGCAAUCAAAUAAAGCUCAAGUCGAUUGAUAUUCUGGUUCAAAAGCUGGGCUCCUUGGAUACAAUUGACAUUCGGCACAUUGAAACAAUCGCCAAUACAACGCAGGCAUUUGGCAUCAUGGAGAACGCACUCUCACUAAAGAAGAUACUGUUCACCUACAAAACCAUCUCGACUGAAAUUGUGUCAUAA